CAACUUCCGUUUUCAGCACCGCGGACAGCUCCGUCUCUCUCAUUUUUUUUCCUCCCCCCACCUCGCCGAGACCUUAUACGGCAGCUUGAGGCGGGGAGGUAAACUUUUGCCAAUAUCCUGACUGAAGAUUUGUACCCGGUUGUAUGCGGAGCAGUGUGCGCGUCCUUCUGCUCCCAUGUCCAUCACAGCCGCACGUCGCAGCUAGAAGCCAGAGCGUCCGCCACCCGACAAGGGGAGAGGCUCCGGAGACAGAUAAAGGCUCUCGAUAUGAAAUGAAUAUGCCCGGAUACGAUUCCGUGAGACAGAUUCGCCGUUAUAUGCUGCGGGGGAUUAAACUGUAACCGUGAUCGUUAUUUAAAGGGGGAGAAAGAGAGAGAAAAAAAAUUGAAAAAAAAAAAAAAAGAGAGAGUGUGGAGUGACCCACAGCACAGAAACAGAGCCGAGAGAGGUGGUUGAAGAGAAAAGGACUGCUGAGCCAAAAGGGGGGGACGCGAAAGGAGGGAACCGAUCUGCAUGUGAGACCGCUGGUCCAGGCGCGCGCACACCGGAGGCAAGAGAUGCAGCCCGCGAGCAAGCUCCUGACUCUGAUUCUCCUCGUCUUCAUGGGCACAGAACUCACCCAAGUGUUGCCAGCAAACCCAGAGGAGUCGUGGCAGGUGUAUAGUUCCGCCCAGGAUAGUGAAGGGAGGUGUGUCUGCACCGUGGUGGCGCCCCAGCAGUCCAUGUGCUCGCGGGAUGCUCGCACCAAACAACUGAGGCAGCUGCUGGAGAAGGUCCAGAACAUGACCCAGUCCAUCCAGGUGCUGGACCAGCGCACCCAGAGGGACCUUCAGUACGUGGAGAAGAUGGAGGUCCAGCUCCGUGGCCUGGAGACGAAGUUCAAGGAGGUGGAGGAGAACCACAAGCAGAACAUUGCUAAGCAAUACAAGGCCAUAAAGGCGAAAAUGGAGGCGCUUAGGCCGUUGAUACCAGUGUUGGAGGAGUACAAAGCCGAUGCCAAAUUGGUAUUGCAGUUUAAGGAGGAGGUCCGAAAUCUGACGUCAGUUCUAAGCGAGCUACAAGAAGAGAUGGGGGCCUAUGACUACGAGGAGCUCCACAACAGAGUGUCAAAUCUUGAGGAGAGACUGCGAGCAUGCAUGCAAAAAUUAGCCUGCGGCAAACUGACAGGCAUCAGUGAUCCGAUCACCAUCAAGACGUCUGGAUCCAGGUUUGGCUCCUGGAUGACGGACCCGCUGGCGCCUGAAGGAGAUACCCGGGUUUGGUACAUGGACGGUUACCACAACAACCGCUUUGUUCGGGAGUACAAGUCCAUGCAUGACUUCAUGACGUCGGACAACUUCACGUCCCACCGGCUGCCACACCCGUGGUCGGGGACGGGCCAGGUGGUCUACAACGGCUCCAUCUACUUCAACAAGUUCCAGAGCCACGUCAUCAUCAAGUUCGACUUCCGCACCUCGUCCAUCAGCAAGUCCCGGCAGCUGGACUACGCCGGCUUCAACAACGCGUAUCACUACGCCUGGGGCGGCCACUCGGACAUCGACCUGAUGGUCGACGAGGGGGGCCUUUGGGCCGUCUACGCCACCAACCAGAACGCCGGCAACAUUGUCAUCAGCAAGCUGAACCCCAACACGCUGCAGAUCAUCAAGAGCUGGACCACCAACCACCCCAAGCGGAGCGCCGGCGAGUCGUUCAUGAUCUGCGGCACACUCUACGUCACAAACGGAUAUUCGGGAGGAACCAAGGUUUACUACGCGUACUCCACCAACUCCUCGACUUACGAGUACAUUGACAUUCCCUUGCAGAACAAGUACUCGCACAUCUCCAUGCUGGACUACAAUCCUCACGACCGCGCCCUCUAUGCUUGGAACAAUGGCCACCAGGUGCUCUACAACGUGACACUGUUUCACGUCAUCCGCUCAGAGGAGCUGUAACGGAGGAGGAUUCAGUAAGGAUAGAUAGACGUUGUCCUUGGGAAGAAAGGGGGAAAAAACAAAAACAAGCUCAUUGUAUUCAAUCUCUGAAAGAGGAGACCGUAUCGAGAACAUCUUGUUAAAACAAAGAACUUGUGAAAGACUGCAUUAUCUGUGAAUGCAAAAUGCAUUGAAUGUGUAAAUGAACGCAAAUCUAUCAUUGAAGUGUUUCAUUCCAAAAUUAGAUGUUACUAUUGGAGAAAUACUGCAAUAUUAUUUAUCUAAAAAAAAAAAACAAGAUCAUUGAAAGGAAUAUUAAGGUUUUGUAAAUAAAUGUCUAAAGAUGACUUUUUGAUUUUAACGGUGUGUUUUAUUUUGAUAGCUGCCUUUAAUAGUGGUAUAUUAGAGGCAUUUUUAUUUUGGAAUGAAACUCUUUAAUCGUUUGUUGUCUAGAAAAAAGAUGAUUGUAAAAAUAGAAAAUAUAUUAGACUCAAAAUACUAAGAACAGAUGCCAUUAAAAGAAAAUACCACGCCUUUUUUUUAUAUAAGCAAAUAUCAACCUAAAGGUCAUUCCUGAGGCUCCUCCCAGAUGGACUUUUCCGUGGUCGACAGGGCAAGGUCAGAGGUCAUGGGGUGGGAGGUUCUGGAACAACGACUGUUGGCUACAAACUGUUGGAUCCUCACCCUGCCCAAGAUCCUACAGAUAAAAGUGGAAUGUCGGUCCAGUCAGAGGACUGGACAGCCAAGAGGAAGCGGGUCUCUCAUAUCAUUUUUAUCAAA